CUACCAACACUGGAUGAUUCUAUAUUUCUAUUGGUUUGUGGCUGUGAAGAGAAAAAGGAGAGAGAGGAGAGAAUGCAGUAUCAGCAAUGGCGGCUGUCUCCUCUGCUGGCUCUUCUUGCUGCUUUUCUCUUAUUCUUCUACCUCCGUGGAUCAUCCAAGCUGUCUCAAACCAAGUGUAGCCUUCUUCCACACAACCACUACUGGUUAACCAGCAAGCGCAUUGUGACACCAAAUGGACUCAUAUCUGGUGCAGUUGAGGUCAAUGGAGGGAUUAUCAGAUCCAUUGUUGAGGCAGAGAAUUGGUCAGGCACGUCCAAGACAGGGCAUGUAAUUGACUAUGGAGAAGCUGUAAUCAUGCCUGGCUUGAUUGAUGUGCAUGCACAUCUUGAUGACCCAGGAAGAGUUGCGUGGGAAGGAUUUCCUUCAGGGACUCAAGCAGCUGCUGCUGGUGGUCUUACAACAUUGAUUGACAUGCCACUCAAUAGUUGCCCCUCAACUGUUUCUCCUGAAACUCUAAAACUCAAGAUUGAUGCGGCAGAGAAGAAUAUUUAUGUAGAUGUUGGUUUCUGGGGAGGUCUAGUUCCUGAUAAUGCAUUCAAUGCAAGUGCUUUGGAAGCUCUCCUAAACGCUGGUGUUCUUGGUUUAAAGUCCUUCAUGUGUCCUUCAGGGAUCAAUGACUUCCCUAUGACAAAUAUCAGUCAUAUUAAGGAGGGACUAUCUGUAUUAGCAAAAUAUAGGAGACCUUUGCUUGUUCAUGCAGAGAUGGAGCAAGAUGUUGAAAGCAACUCACGAUCUGAAGAUAACAAUGACGAUCCUCGAUCUUAUGCAACCUAUCUUAAGACAAGGCCACCUUCAAUGGAGGAGGCAGCCGUUAGAGAGCUCUUGACGGUAAGUAAAGAUACGAGGACUGGUGGUCCUGCAGAAGGAGCUCAUCUUCAUAUUGUUCAUUUGUCUGAUGCAGAUGCUACCUCACAACUUAUAAAGGAAGCAAAAAGUUAUGGUGACAGCAUAACCGUUGAGACAUGCCCUCAUUACUUAGCUUUCUCAGCAGAAGAGAUUCAGGAUGGAGAUACUCGUUUCAAGUGCGCGCCACCCAUCCGUAGUUCAUCAAAUAAAGGGAAACUAUGGGAUGCUCUCUUGGAAGGACAUAUUGAUAUGUUGAGCUCUGAUCAUUCACCUACAGAGCCAGAACUUAAACUCCUGAACGACGGUAACUUUCUGAGGGCCUGGGGCGGCAUAUCAUCAUUGCAGUUUGUUCUGCCUGUGACAUGGUCAUAUGGGAGAAAAUAUGGAGUAACUUUCGAACAGAUGGCCUUGUGGUGGAGUGAGAGGCCGGCCAGGCUCGCCGGACAAAAUCUGAAGGGAAGCAUAGCAAUUGGAAAUCAUGCAGAUAUCGUAGUAUGGAAUCCAGAUGUAGAGUUUGACGUCACUGAAGACCAUCCUGUUUACAUUAAGAACCCUAGUAUCUCUGCCUACAUGGGAAGAAAGCUUUCUGGGAAAGUUUUGGCAACUUUUGUGGGAGGAAAUCUUGUUUUUGAAGAAGGAAAACAUGCUCCUAAUGCUUGUGGUACUACGAUCCUAGCAAAAUAAAGGCAUGAAUCAAAGAGGUUUUCCAGGUCGAGGAGUCUCUUAUGGGCAAGUACAAGUUGCUAAUGAGCAACUUUACCUAACCCAUUCAAGUUUUUUGUGUUAUAUUGGAGAUCUUGUAAACAAGUUACUAUUUCUGCUCAGAAAAAAAGAAAAGAUGUAUAUAAGAUGCAGAAGAACUAUAAUUUCACUGGCACCAAGGAAGUCGGAUUCAAAUAGCUAUCUAGUUUUCUUGUUCAACUGAGCAAAAGCUAUGUUCUUUGUAGUUUGCAGCAGUCUUUGUUAUGUGUUUGGUAGCAAAACCCAUAAUCAAAUCUGCAAUUCCUGUAAAUUUUUCUCUGGGACCUUUUAUGUUUGAGUAGCAGUUUCCACUAAUGUAUAAGAAUGGACGGUUAAUAGUGUCACGUAA